GCUAAUACGUCAAUGGCCCCGUCUACAAGUUCAUUAUCAUUACACAGGGUUACAAGAUUAUUCCUAGAGGGCUGUAUCUGGCGUAACUCUGGUCAACCGUCUCUUACACAAGAGAGCUGUCACAGGCAGCUAUCAUGUUUCAGAGGAAGUCUAGACUAAAAUCUUAGCAGUGCGAUAGCGCUAGGCGUUGCUCGAUUAUGGGGUCACACAUGUAUAACCCAAUUUUCUUUUGAAAUUUGAUUCACAGUCAGCAGUUGCCUGUGUCAGCAGUUGCAAUUGCAAAUGUGUGGGAGAGCGAUCGGGCGCGCAAGCGAGCGCAGGGGAGAGGGAGUGAGGGACAGAGCGAAAGAGAGAAAGAAAGCGAGCGCAGGGGAAGGAGAUGGAUUCCCUACGAGCAAGGACCUCUGUUAAACUGUUGUGCUGGUAAAGCGACCAGCUCCGCCCUUUAUCGUAGGAUUGGUGUAUGUUAUGAAUGGAGCAUGAUUUGGAGGAACCCUUGACAGCACCUGGAGAUGUCCUGAUGUUAUGGCAUUUUGGAAGCGGGACGCGUAUGCUGAAUGACGGUGUGGACGGGCAAUGGCGGCGAAAUGGCUGAGGAUGUUAGUGCCGUGGAGAGGAGGCUGGACGCCACGUGGUAAAGAGCCCAGACCAGGCUGUGCCGAGGAAGAGCGCCAUGUCCGAGCCAAUGACCGACUUUACAAUGACAAGUUCUCCUACGCAGACAACCGGAUCAAAACCUCAAAGUACAGCAUCUUGACCUUCCUGCCCGUCAAUCUGUUUGAGCAGUUUCAGCGCGUGGCCAACGCCUACUUCCUGGUGCUGCUGAUCCUACAGUUAAUCCCCGAGAUCUCCUCCUUGUCCUGGUUCACCACUAUAGUGCCUUUGGUGAUGGUGCUGGUCAUCACCGCUGUGAAAGACGCCACGGAUGACUAUUUUCGGCACAGGAGUGAUCAGCAGGUCAACACACGCCAGUCUCAGGUGCUCAUCCAGGGAAAGCUGCAGAAUGAGAAGUGGAUGAAUGUUCGCGUGGGAGACAUCAUCAAGCUGGAGAAUAAUCAGUUUGUCACUGCAGACCUUCUCCUCCUCUCCAGCAGUGAGCCGUACGGCCUGUGCUACAUAGAGACGGCGGAGCUGGAUGGGGAAAACAAUUUAAAAGUCCGGCAGGCCUUGACUGUGACAUCGGACCUGGGAGCAGAUAUUGCCAAACUUGCAGAGUUUGAUGGUGAGAUCACCUGUGAGCCGCCCAAUAACAAGCUGGACCGAUUCACGGGGACGCUGUGCUGGCGCGGCAACAAGCACCCGCUGGAAAACGAGCACAUGCUGCUGAGGGGGUGCGUGCUCCGCAACACCGACUGGUGCUUUGGCCUGGUGGUGUUCGCCGGACCCCAGACCAAGCUGAUGCAGAACUGUGGGCGGACCACUUUUAAGAGGACCAGCAUAGAGAAGCUGAUGAACACGCUGGUCCUGUGGAUCUUUGGCUUCCUGAUCUGCAUGGGUAUCAUCCUGGCCAUCGGCAACACCAUCUGGGAGGUGAAGGUGGGCAGGGCCUUCUGGGCGUACCUGCAGUGGGGGGAGCUCCUAAGCAACGCCGUCUACUCCGGCUUCCUCACCUUCUGGUCCUACAUCAUCAUCCUCAACACCGUCGUGCCCAUCUCCCUCUACGUCAGUGUGGAGGUCUUGCGUCUGGGUCACAGCUACUUCAUCAACUGGGACAGGAAGUUGUACUACGGGGAGAAGGACAUGGCGGCGGAGGCACGGACCACCACCCUCAACGAGGAGCUGGGCCAGGUGGAGUUCAUCUUCUCCGACAAGACCGGCACCCUCACCCAGAACAUCCUGAUCUUCCACAAGUGCUCUAUCAACGGGACCACGUAUGGCGAGGUAUAUGAUGACUUCCACCAUAAGGUGAACAUCACAGAGAAGACUCCAUGUGUUGAUUUCUCCUUUAACCCACUGAGCGACCCAAAGUUCCGUUUCCAUGACAGCAGCCUGGUGGAAGCCGUAAAGGUGGGUGAGGCGUGUGUGCAGGAGUUCUUCAGACUGCUGGCGCUCUGUCACACCGUCAUGCCUGAGGAGAGGAGCGAAGGAGAGCUGGUGUACCAGGCCCAGUCACCUGACGAGGGCGCGCUGGUCACCGCGGCACGGAACUUUGGGUUUGUGUUCCGAGCUAGAACCCCAGAGACCAUCACCCUGUACGAGAUAGGCAGGCCUGUCACCUACCAGCUCCUGGCCUUCCUGGACUUCAACAACGUUCGCAAGAGGAUGAGUGUCAUCGUGAGAAACCCAAAGGGCGAGAUCAAGCUGUAUUGCAAAGGAGCCGACACCAUUGUGUUUGAAAGACUGCACCCAUCUAAUGAAGACCUCAUGGAUACUACCUCAGAACACCUCAAUGAGUUUGCAGGGGAGGGCUUGAGGACGCUGGCGCUGGCCUACAGAGAGCUGGAUGAGGACGUGUUUGGGGAGUGGAUGGAAAGGCUGCAGUACGCCAGCACGGUGGUGGGGAACAGAGAGGAGCUCCUCAACGAGCUCUACGAGGAAGUGGAGCAGGACUUGAUGCUGCUUGGUGCCACGGCUGUCGAGGACAAGCUGCAGGAGGGAGUUCCAGAGACCAUCACCUGCUUGAGUCUGGCCAACAUUAAGAUCUGGGUCCUCACUGGAGACAAACUAGAGACAGCCAUGAAUAUCGGUUACUCGUGUAACAUGCUGCGGGAUGAUAUGGACGAGGUGUUUGUCAUCUCUGGACACUCAUCUCUGGAGGUCGCACGGGAGCUAAGGAGUGCCAAAGAGCGUAUCCUGGGCCCCAGCUGUGCCAAGCUCAGCAGCGCCGGGAAGUCCAUCUCGUCCAGCAGCGACUCUGUGUUUGAGGAGACCAUUAUUGCAGAAUACGCGUUAAUCAUUAACGGUCACAGUCUGGCCCAUGCACUGGAGCUGGAGGUGGAGCUGGAGCAGGUGCUGCUGGACGUGGCCUGUCUGUGUAAGACGGUCAUCUGCUGCCGGGUGACGCCCCUGCAGAAGGCGCAGGUGGUGGAGCUGGUCAAGAGGCACAAGCGGGCCGUCACCCUCGCCAUCGGGGACGGCGCCAACGAUGUCAGCAUGAUCAAGACGGCCCACAUCGGCGUGGGCAUCAGCGGGCAGGAGGGCACGCAGGCAGUGCUGGCGUCGGACUACUCCUUCGGCCAGUUCCGCUACCUGCAGCGCCUCCUGCUGGUCCACGGGCGCUGGUCCUACCGCCGCAUGUGCAAGUUCCUCUGCUACUUCUUCUACAAGAACUUCGCCUUCACGCUCGUGCACUUCUGGUUCGGCUUCCUCUGUGGCUUUUCUGCGCAGACGGUGUAUGACCAGUGGUUUAUCACUCUUUACAACAUUGUGUACACGUCUCUGCCAGUGCUCGCCAUGGGCAUGUUUGACAAGGAUGUGAAUGAGCACUUCAGCCUGCGUUACCCUAGCCUGUACCGGCCCGGGCAGCUCAACCUGCUCUUCAACAAGCGCAAGUUCUUCACCUGCACCUUGCACGGUGUCUUCACCUCUUUUGUCCUCUUCUUCGUGCCGUACGUAUUGUGCUUCUCUGCCGUUCGCGACGACGGCGCGCACGUCUCGGACCAACAGGCCUUCGCCAUCACCAUAGCAACCUCUCUGGUCAUUGUGGUCAGUGUGCAGAUUGGUCUAGACACUGACUACUGGACUGCGGUGAAUCACUUCUUUGUGUGGGGCAGCCUGGCAAUGUACUUUGCCAUUUUGUUUGCCAUGCACAGCGAUGGCCUCUUCAGCAUGUUUCCCAGUCAGUUUCCAUACAUUGGUCUGGCUCGUAACGCCCUGACUCAGAAGAGUGUGUGGUUGGUCAUCCUCCUGACUACAGUGGUGUGUAUCAUGCCCAUGCUGGCUAUACGCUUCCUCAAGACAGACCUGCGCCCCUCCCUCUCAGAUAAGGUGUACCUGCUGCAGAAGGCCAGCAGGAGGCAGCAUCCUCAGGAGCAGAGUCUGAAGCGCGUGAGGAGGACCAGCUCCCGCCGCUCCGCCUACGCCUUCGCCCACCAGCAGGGCUACGGCGAGCUCAUCACCUCCGGCAGGAACAUGAAGUUCACCGCCUCAGCCUCCACCCCCAACCUCAGUGCCCCCCCCAGCCCCGCCCUCAGCCCCCCCGCCCCCGUCCAGAACAUGAGCUGCACCGGCUGGAUCGGGACCUGGGGGGGCGGGGGGGAGGAGGAGCUGGGCGAUGUGGACUCGACUGGGGAGAGCCCUGGGGUGACGGACGACGGGGCUGGGAAGACCCCAACAGCAGAGAUCACCGCCUGAAGGCCAGAGACAGACGCCAUGACAACGACACACACACCACAGCUGACAGGGGCUGUGUAAGGAGACGGUGUGUGAAGCCUCUCAGAAUGUACCUCCGACCCAAACACACACCCUCAGAGGCAACCAGCACUGCACAGCACAGCACAGCAGCGGACUCCAAACAGGCUGCCUCUCAGAACACACAGAGGUUACAGCAUUAUCUUUCUUACAAAACUCUCCUUCUCAGAUCGCAUCUUCCGUCAAUUUAAUGGCCUACUCGCAGGAUGUUUAUUAAGUCUUUUUUAUUCCAAUAAAUCCUCACAUUACAUUACAAAUCAUAAUGUUACAGGAGCAUUCAUAAUGGUCUUCUUGCAUUCCUGCGGCUGGCCUAUUCAGUGAGAUUGUAGAAUAUAAACAUGACGUAGACAAAUUAAGUGAUAGGAAGAGAAAACAGCUGAAUGUGGACCGGCCCACUGUCCCACUCAUAUGGGGGGAUUGGACUGGUCCACUGGCCCACAGGCCACUCAUACGGGGGGUCUGACGAGAUGUUCUGCCCCGACUGACACUCAGAAUGUCAGACUGAUCUCCCUGAGCCAUGAAUGCUUCAAUGAGACGACGGUCCCGCAUACAUAUAGAAUAUCAAUUGAAAUGUAAACAAAAGGUAAACAAAUGGACCCUUUUUUCCCAAAUGGAUACAUUUCAGCGCAUGUGAAUGUGUAUAGUAUCAUAUACUCUAUACUAUUAAUAUACAAAAGCAAGAUAUUGGGUUGGCAUAUUUGCCUGUAACUGAAUCAUAUAUAUAUUAUUACCUCAGACAUCUUAUAGUUUGAACCUUAUAUUUCUGGGUGUAAAGAAUAUCACCUUUGCAUUUCAGACAACAGGAGGAUGGCUUACGGUCUAACUGUAGACAUGAUUGUAGAGGACAUGCGUUUCUGAAGCGAAGAACAACUGUGUGCCUUUCACAUCUCCUCCCAGAUAAUCACAUAAGCAUCUGGUUUAAUCGUACAGAGACUAAGAGACUGGCCCAGGCGUCCAGGGGGCAUCACCAGGGGGCAUCACCAGGGGGCAUCUUCUUCAUCUGAUCUGUGUGAAGAGCACACGAGUGCCUCUCCCUCCUGUGUGGUAUGCUGGCUAUGCUGGGUACAUACACAUACAAGCAUACCUUCCAGGACCCAGCUCUCCAUCUCCAUCUCUAUCUGUACCUGUCUCUCCUCCAGGACCCAGCUCUUCAUCUCUAUCUGUACCUGUACCUGUACCUGUCUGUCCUCCAGGACCCAGCUCUCUA